CAGCAACUCCCGGUAGCCAUUGCCUGUGUAGUCGGCUACUACUGUAAUUCCACUCCGUCUCUUACUAUGGAGGAGGGAGCGGAGAGCGUUUUGGACGCCAUAUACGAAGAGUCGGCGCUCGGCGACGAAGACGAAACCCUAGGACCCCACGGUGCCAUGCAAGAUGACGUCGAGAUGGUCGACGCCGAAACCCUAGACGGCGACGGCGACGCGGUCUCGCCGGAGCGGAGCGCCGCCCCUCCCGGCGCUGGAGGCGGCGAUGGGGUGGCGGAGGGCGGGGAUCAAAGCGGGGGCCAGAAGAGGGAGGGAAAGAAGAAGAAGAAGAAGAAGAGGAGCAGGAAUAAGAAGAGGAAGGGAGGGUCUUCUUCGAGUAGUAUCAUGGAUAUCAAUAGAUUUGUUAUCGACACUUGCAGACGUUUAAAGGAGAGGAAAUCGUACUUGGUUUGGAACGCUGUAGGUUGUCUUGGAGUUUCUGUGGUCAGUGAUCUUGUCAGAGAGGUUGAAUCUAUUCAGAGCUGCGGAGGACAGAUGACUGCUGAUGGAAAGCGUCUACGCAACGGCGGUGGAAUUCUCUGGAAUAUUCUGAAAGCACGCGAGCCAAAGGCAUACAAAGAAAUCAUGGUGAAGGGGAGGGAAUUUGAGAAGCAGCUUAGGCAACCAAAAUAUAAACAAAAAUCAAACAAGAACGAGGAUACGAGCUCUCAGAGUACUAUUGUGCCUGAUGAGGAUGCAGAAAUUCCAUACGAUUCCAAGCGGAUCAGUAAUGCUCAGGAAGGGCUUCCAUCUGAUGGAAAGAUGGAGCGUAAAUCAGUUUUGGAGAGAAUUCGCUUGCCGGUUUCCUAUGAUGACUUAUUUGAAGAGGGCGAGAUUCAAGAAUGAACCUGAUGCCUUUUCUGCAAGAUUUUGUGAUGGCCUUGAAUUGAUUUUGCCGAUCUUUCUUGUUUUUUGGCAGUCUUUAUCUUUUUCCUGGAAGGCACAGUAUCAAUGGCUGUUCUACCAGUGAAGGUUGCUGAAAUUUUUUCGUUUGAGAUAAAUGUGCACAGAGUGUAUAUCUUGGCAAAUUUUUGGAUCUUUUUUUUUAGUUUGUGGGAACCAGAACAAAGCAACAUAGAAUUCAUAUUGACCUCUUCAAAUAUAAAAUUUCCUGUUAUUCUCAUA